CAACAAAAAUAGUAGCAACAAAAACAGCAGUAGUAACAACAGUAGUAGCAAAAACAGCAGUAACAAAAACAGCAGCAACAAAAACAGCAACAGCAAAAAUAGCAGAGGAAAGUGGAGAAGAAAGUAGAAAAGAAAGUAGAGAAAAAGGUGAAAAAAAAG